AUGCCGACACACGCGCGCACCGGUUCGCGCUCGUCUAUUGACCGAGUCUUCGAGCUGUUGGGCGAUCUCGAAGAAGCCGACCUCUCGCUCUUGCUCGACGACCUCAACCAUACCACUGAAAGCAACGUCCCCGUCUCCCAAGCUAUUGCCUUGUUCGAGAAGGGGCCCAGCAGACCGAACAAGAAAUAUGAGCGCGCUUCGUCUCCCGUCAGAAACUUGCAGGCCGAGUUGGAGCGUCGGCACAGCAAGAGGCUCUCCAUGGCACCACAACCCAGGCCGCAGUCCAUAAUAUCAUCACCACUCAAAGACAAACCAGAACCGCUGGACUUCUCGUUCCCGUCCACUUCGCUCGAUCUUUCUCUCGACUUUUCUUCUCCGACCAGUCCCUCGCUCUCUCCUCCCGCUCUUUCUCCUUCCAGUUCACCGACUAGUCUCCCUUCGCUCGACGAGUCCCCUCGGCCUUCCUCCAGACCCGAGCUCCCAUCUUUGAUCACGCUUUCCUUACCCGAAAACGAAACGGCCACCCGGCCCCUCUCGGUCCAUUCGGCACGUUCGGGAACCGGCUCCGCACUGGGGUCCCGACCUCGUUCCUACAAGCGAAUCGACCGGCCAACAAUUCUCUCCCCAACUGCGACGGCCGAGCUUCAUGCUCUUCUACUGGCAUACCUCAACGACUCGUCAUCGUCCGAAACCUCAACGGCGACGCCCUCGCCCACAACACCCCUCCCCAGCUUGUCGAGCUCGAUCUUUUCUUUCCGUCAUCCAGACGACGAGCCGGAACCGAUGAUGCCAGGCCUGGACCUUCUCGAACCAUCACCGACCAGAACACCGUACAUGGGCUUUGGGUCUUUGUCAGGAGGUAACAUGGGUAUGGGCAUGGGCAUGGGCAUGGGUGGAAGCCUGAAACCCAAGGCUAGCAUGUCGAGCAUUUUCGAGAUUAUGGGUUCGCACUAA